CAGGAUGAUUCCUUUGUACAAGAAGAAGAAGAAAAUCUGCAGUUGGAUGGGCAGCACCAAGCCGAAAUCGCCAUGCAACAACAGCAAAUGUAUCAAGAACAACAGCAACUGGCUAGAAGACAAGAUGAAGAACGCAUGAGCAUUGAGCAAGAGAGGUUGUUCCAGGAACAGCAAGAAGCUGCACGAAGACAAGAGGAACAGAUGAGAUCCUUGCAGGAACAGGAAGCAUUAAGACGACAAGAGCAGGAAUAUGCACGACUGGAACAGCAGAGAUUGUUCCAGGAACAUCAAGAAUCUGCUAGAAAGCAGGAGGAAGAGCGAUUAAGGUUGUUUCAGGACCAACAAGAAGCAGCCAGAAAGCAAGAGGAAGAACGUAUUAGAAUGGAACAAGAAAGAAUGUUCCAGGAACAACAAGAAGCAGCCAGAAAGCAAGCGGAAGAGCGUAUUAGAAUGGAACAAGAAAGAAUGUUUCAGGAACAACAAGAAGCAGCCAGAAAGCAAGAGGAAGAAUGUAUUAGAAUGGAACAAGAACGAAUUUACCAUGAACAACAAGAAGCAGCCAGAAAGCAAGAGGAAGAACGUAUUAGAAUGGAACAAGAAAGAAUGUUUAGGGAACAACAGGAAGCAGCCAGAAAGCAAGAGGAAGAUUGUAUUAGAAUGGAACAAGAAAGAAUGUUCCAGGAACAACAAGAAGCAGCCAGAAAGCAAGAGGAAGAACGUAUUAGAAUGGAACAAGAAAGAAUCUACCAUGAACAACGAGAAGCAGCCAGAAAGCAAGAGGAUGAACGUAUUAGAAUGGAACAAGAAAGAAUGUUCCGGGAACAACAAGAAGCAGCCAGAAAGCAAGAGGAAGAGCAUAUUAGAAUGGAACAAGAAAGAAUGGUUCGGGAACAACAAGAAGCAGCCAGAAAGCAAGCGGAAGAACGUAUUAGAAUGGAACAAGAAAGAAAAUAUCGCGAACAACAAGAAGCAGCCAGAAAGCAAGAGGAAGAAACGUAUUAGAAUGGAACAAGAAAGAAAACAUCGCGAACAACAAGAAGCAGCCAGAA